CUAGGAAUCAAAUCACUAAUAGGCCUAAUGUGCAAGUAGGGGUAUUGUAGACUCUGUGAUGCCUUACUGAUGCCUUUCUGCCUAAGGCAUCAGGCCUAGCCCGCAACCGAUCCGCCCAGCAACCGAUUAAUUAAUUUGAUCAACAAUCAACCGCAGAGCUCCAGCGUUCUCUCUCAGCUGCCACCGUCUCACGAGUCAAGAUGUCGUACGCGGUGGAAUCGAAGAAACGGAAAUUCCAUCGAGUGCUCGAGUCUAUAUCGAAACCCUUGAGCGCGGAUGCUGCGAAUAAACAGGGCCCGACAACGCCGACCUCAAGAGCGCUGCCGGAGCAUCUCUCACCCAACCUGUCGAUCAAGAAGGUCCGGGUGAACGGUGAGACGGAUCUCCCAACCGUUAGGGACAGCUUAUCCAAGACCGGGAAACCAGUGUCUCGUGUGCCGUCGACGGCGUCGACAGCAUCGAUAUCGGCGCCUCGUCCGUCUUUUGUGCCGUGGGAUCGGGAGCGGUUUCUCGAACGGUUGGAGACUUUUCGGCGGGUGGACAGAUGGUCGCCCAAGCCGACUGAAAUUAAUGAGGUCGCAUGGGCUAAGCGUGGGUGGAUAUGCAGCGGUGUUAUGCGUGUGUCUUGCGUUUCGGGCUGUGGCGGGUCGGUAGUUGUCAAGCUUCCCGACGAGCUCGAUGAGCUGGACGGUUAUGACAGUGAAAAGGUGCAGGAAAGAAAGGAAGUUCGUGCGAAGCUCGUGGAGAAGUAUGCUCAAUCGCUGUCGGAGGGCCAUGGCGACAAAUGCCCAUGGCGAAACAAAGGUUGUGACGCCACCAUCCACCGUUUAGACGUAACCAAUCCUGAUAUCGCCCUCCCCAAUCUUCAAAAGCGUUACUUGAACCUGGCAAAGAUGGGCGAUAAGUUGCCGGCGAGGGACGCCAUUGAGAUACCACCGGGCCUUGAUCUGGAGGAGAUAAUCAAGAUAUUACCGGAAGGGUUCCAAAGGGAGUCGGAGGAAGCAAGCCAUCCAGAAUCGAGCGAUACCACCCAGCAUACAGAAUCUGACAAUGAACACCAAGAGCGCGAGUCUGCUGCACCCUCCUCUACGAAACCCACAGAAAUCAACCGAGCUGCUUUUGCAUUAGCAUUCUUCGGCUGGGACUCCAUAUCGGACGGGGCCGCAGGUCUCGCGGGGUGUGGAGCAUGCUUCCGUCGACUGGGCCUGUGGAUGUACAAACCCAAGGACAACGGGGACGCGGGUGUCUACAAUACCCUCGACGCGGCAAAUGAGCAUAUGGAGUACUGUCCCUGGAUCAAUGGAAAGACCCAGAGCGGGAAACGGGAGUCCGCAGAGGAUUCCAACGGCUGGAAACUCCUGUCUCGAGCGAUCCAUGUCAAACUCCGCAGGCAUCUCCGCUCCAUUGCCUCCAUGGACACUCUCCGCACCGAUGCGGACGCUGCCUCGGUCGAUGGAUCGGUGGUGAACGACGAAACCCAGAAGACGACUGAUCGCGAGUGGUGGGCCAAGCUCCGGCGAAUGCGACAGGUGCUGAAUGUCCGCUCUCCAAAGAGAACCAAAUCCUUGAACCCCUAACACUUUUCUUAUUAUUUCAUGAUAUUGCUUGAAGCGCGGCGUCAGGGACACUGAGUUUACCUUGUGCAGUUAGAUCAUCUUAAUGCUACCACAGUAUACCCUUUUGCAAUACAGACAUUCUUGGCCUUGAGAAAUAAU